GAAUGGACUCGCCCUGUCACGUCAGCAGGUGAAGAUGGCUUCCACUGGGUCGGUUGUCGGCGGGUUCGUCUCUGUCCUAGUUCUGAUCGCCGCAGUAUACUACGUGCGGCAACCAAACGAUGCAAUCCUGCAGAACAGGCUCGAAAAAGUCCUCCUGUCCCUGCUGAAGGCAGAGAAGAAGGCGAGCCUGGCGUCCAGGCCGCGGGUGGCGGUGGGGCUCGGGGCCUGCCAGGACGCUUUCGUCGACGCGUUGGAGCUAUUUGACAGGUACAACCUGACCCCUCCAGCCCUGACUGCCCACUAUGACUCCAUCCAUGACCACCAGGAGCUGGCACAGAUGUUUGCCUACUUUUUCAACCAUGGGGCUGCUGCAGAACGAUAUAUGGACAAUACCACCCUGUUUCGAGACCUCAUGGACAUUGUUUACAAAAUGCCCAAUGCAAGGUUUGAACUUGGUGGGAAUGCACCUGUCAUGGCAAACAGGUUUGCUGCUGAAGGUUGUAACGUCCUUCUGGGGGCACAUCUCAGCUCCAAUCUUAAAGAAGUGAUGAGGGAAGGAAUUACAGUUACGGGUGAAGAAAUAGAAGAAGAUGACAUCCACUUGAUCUUGGAAUACCCACGGCAGAGCAGCUGGGGAAAGUACAUUUCACCCAGGGCUAACAGGUUCAUUGUCCACAGUGACAGGAACAACCCAAGCCUGAACUCUCUGGAGAGCUUCAGUCAGAUGCUGAAGGACUUCAAUCCCUCUCUGGUGGUGGUAGGGGGGAUACAGAUGAUGGACAACUUCCCAUUCUCAGCAGGUGAGCGUGAAUCCAGGCUGAAGCUCUUGCAGCAGAUGUUGGUGUCCAUCCCUGUGGAGCAGAAGACACACUUCGAGCUGGCCUCCUUCACCGAGCAGGCACUGUUUGAGGAAGUGUUGAAGUACAUUGUCCCUUACAUGGACUCCCUUGGCAUGAAUGAACAGGAACUACCUAACCUCUACAGCAUGCUGCAUGGUGGGAAGAUCACGCUUAUCUCGGACCCGGUGCCCCGUGUUGCCACUGUGCUGGACCACAUGAGAAAGGUCUGGGCAACCCUUCAGAAGGCUGAUGCUGGCGGGUCCAAACGUCGCCUGUCCCGCCUGCAUGUUCAUACACUUGCUUUCCAGGCAAUCAUGACAAAGAAAGACUCAGGUUGGAAAAACACCAUGUCCGCUGCAGCCAAGGCUUCUCUGACAGCUAACAGGCAUGUGUGUGGGUCCCCGAAGAUUGAUCUAGGGAAGGCGACAGUACUCAUGGAUGAAUCCUUCUCCACCAGUCGGAAGGAGGGAAGCUUGAGGAUCCCUUUUAAAGAAAACCGGCCGGUGUCUUGCUGGGAGGAACAUGAUUAUGAGAUCUGUAUUGCACCUGUGCUGGUGUGUACUGAAGUGCGACAGACUGCAGGGGGAGGGGACAACAUCUCGUCUGCAGGACUUGUUCUGCAGAUUUAGCUCCUUGAUUUUGUGGGAAUCGCUUGGGCUCAAAAUGAUCAACUCCAAAAUCAUCAACAUCUUGUGAUGUUUCAUUCCUGAAUAAUAGGAUAAAUUUUGGAUGCAUUUGUUUAACAGCAUACAGAACAGCAACCAUAUCUUGUUUGUGGAAUAUGUGUAAUUCCAAAAAUGAUGUUUUUUUAGUCAAUGUCUUGAUAUUUAUGUGUUAUUAA